AAGUUAAUAGCACCCUGCAGAUAAUACUGCAGUUGAAAGAAACUGAUGGGCCAUGGACCAGAAAAAUGAACACAGGAUGUGAUCUGCAUCACGAUAUGACAGUGGACAAAUUCAUAAACACUGUCAGGAUCCCUUUCUUGACCAACCUGGUUAACAACAUUUCAGAAAGAUUUCAGGAUAGCGAUAUUGUGAAUUCUUUGGCAAUAUUGGAUGUGUCUGCACUGAAUGAGGAUGUUCCUGCAUUGUAUGGAGAAAUGGAGAUGGAAGCUCUUGCUGUUCACUUCAACAUGCCUGAAGAGAACCUUCUAAUGGAGUGGACAAAUUUUCUUUCCUUGAUGUCAUCCAGCACAUUUGAUAAGACUCUCCCAGGGAUUGGAAAAGUGCUUUUGGGUCCAGAUAAAAGUGGACUACAAGCAAUGUAUCCACUGCUAGCCAAGCUGGUAUCUGUAGCACUGACUCUGCCUUUGAGUAGUGCUGAGUGUGAAAGAGUGUUUUCGCACUUGAAAAUGAUAAAAACAGACAGAAGGAGCAAACUCAAUGUUCCAACUAUAAGCAAGUUGCUCCAAAUUAAACUUAACUGGAAAUUUAUUCAUGUUGAAACACUCCUAAACAAGACAACAGAGAAAUUCCUAAGUGUGAAAAACAGAAGAUGUUGCAAUCUGUGAAAUAAACUGAUCAGUUGAUGUUGCAUGGUGCUAAGUUGUGUAUAAAUACCUCAUAAUUUUGUUCAUUUUUUGUGUAUGUAAAAACCAAAUGAUAUUAACUAUGAACCUGACCAGUGUAUGUCCAGCAGUGCAUCCAUACAACUGUUGCA